AUGGCCAGGAUUGAGGCCCUGAGACCCAGGCCCGCCCAGUGUUACCGAUGCCUCAGGACGGGCCAUACCAUAGGCAAUUGUGGCUCGCCCGUGGACAGGAGCAACCUGUGCUACAGGUGUGGCCAACCUGACCACGUGGCGAGUAACUGCGAAGAGGCCUUCAGAUGUCCCGUCUGCGCCGAUCUGGGCAGACCGGCGGGGCACCGUUUCGGCGGACCAGCGUGCACCCCGCCCCCCUCCAGCCAAAAAGGCGGCUGUGAACAAGGUGGGCAACAAAGAGGUGUUGGCGGGGCCUAG